AACUACAGAUGGAGAGUGAUAGAGCAGGAGAGAGAGAGAGAAAGAGAGAGCUUUUACUAUUGCUUUACAUAAUUGCGGGUCAGGGAGUGUCAGCAUAGAGGAAGCUGGAUCAUAGGACAAAACCUCUUACAAGUAAACAAGUUAUUUGCAAGGGCAGUGAUGGACACUGAUGCUCUCAUGCAAGUUUUGAAGGUUUUUCAACGACAUCUUUAGGCAUAUGGAUUUGAAGAGAUUUUGCUCAGGAUUUUAAUCUUCAGGACAUUGUGACACAGUCUGUCUGCACGAACCUGACGGGAUUUUCUCGAUUGAUUUUUUUUAUUUGUGGGGCAAUUUUAGACCCGAGCCUCAGUCUAUUCCACUAUUCCAUCACCAUUGGGGAAUUGGAGAUACCUUUUUUAAGGAUUGCAUUGAGAGUGCGUCAGUUUAUAUCAGAAACCCGACUCAUUUAUGGCUCAGGAUUUUACCACCUAUUUGAAUUCAUCACCAUUUGCAUACUGAGGCAGAUGGUUUUUUGGCUUUGGUUUUAUAUUACUGAUUGGAUCCUUUAAAUACAAAAUAACAACUGAAGCGCACUUGAGUUUGAGACUUUUCUUCUAUUUUAUGUUUUUAUUUACAAUCAAGGCUUUCAUCAUGUAAGGAGUUGAAGCACAAGUCUUACUUGUUGAAUUAUUCACCAUUUGGAAACUGUUUACUUUGAUUGAAAUAGAAGAUGUGAUAGAGACAUUUUUGGAAAAAUGGAAAAUAGAAAAGUGAAGCUGGUGCUCAGCCUCAACUGUUUAUUCUGACUUUAUUCUGACAGUCUUUUUAAUCUGAUAGCAAACAGAAAAUUGUAACACUGUGCAUCUACAUGUGCUUGAUGCAGGUUAACUCUUUAUUUUUUGCUGUUAGUCACCAUUUGGGGAUUUGGAAGAACCGUCUAUUUGUCCACUGUAGCUUAUUAUUACUCGAAAACUUCUUAUUAAGAAACUCUGAAAAUAAUACGAGAUGUGAUGAGCUGAUGCUGGAACACCAUUUUGAUUGUAUACAUUUUUUUGACUUUUGACAAUUGCUGAUUUCUUCUACAUCUUCUUGCAUAAUCUUCACUUCGAAAUGUCUAAGGACCAAUGAAAUUCCAGAUGACGAUAAGCCUUAGCGUAUUAUGAAAGACACUGUUCUGAAAUCCAGUUUGGGUUUCCUUCUGUUUGGUCUUUUGGGAGCUGAUAAUUCAUCAUUAGUAGCAGCAUACAUACUCAAGAUAUCACAAUGGGUAUGGAACUUUUUGCCGUAGCCGUGGUGGUGCUUCUCUUUUUCAUGGUUUUAAAGCAGUUUAGUUUUUGGGACCCGCUCUCUAUGGAGGAGAGUGCAGAUGCUGAGUUGGAGCUUUCUAUGGUCAGACACCAACCUGAAGGUCUGGAGAAACUUCAAGCUCAAACUAAAUUCACCAGGAAGGAGCUUCAGUCGCUCUACAGAGGCUUCAAAAACGAGUGCCCCAGUGGAUUAGUUGAUGAGGAAACCUUUAAGGUUAUUUAUUCCCAGUUCUUCCCUCAAGGAGAUGCGACCACAUAUGCACAUUUUCUCUUCAACGCCUUUGAUAUGGACCGAAAUGGUUCUAUACAGUUUGAGGACUUUGUGAUUGGACUGUCCGUAUUGCUGCGAGGUUCAGUAACAGAGAAGCUUCACUGGGCGUUUAACUUGUACGACAUUAAUAAAGAUGGAUACGUCACCAAACAGGAAAUGUUGGCCAUCAUAAAAUCCAUCUACGACAUGAUGGGCCGAUACACAUAUCCCAGUGUGAUGGCAGAUGCACCAUUUAAACAUGUGGAGAAAUUUUUCCAGAAAAUGGACAGGAACAGAGACGGAGUCGUCACCAUCGACGAGUUCAUCGAGACGUGUCAGAACGAUGAGAACAUUAUGGCUUCCAUGCAGCUGUUUGAGAACGUUAUCUAAACCAGUGACGAGCACAGCAGGAGAAACCAGAUGUCAAUGAGGAGUCUGACGAUAUAUAUCGGUCUAACAAUUAUUCCAGUGUCGAAAAUUCAUCUGCUCUAAGAUUCCUAAUUGGUGUAAAUGACAGAACGUGAUAUUUCCAGAAUGUUCUGGUAAACUCCAGAAGAAUCCUGAGUGAUUCCACUGAAGACACCUUUAAACAGUAUAUUCUAGUUUCUCUGGCUGGAGAAGUUCCCUGAAUGAAAAACAGCUACGGCGACAAGAAUGUUUUCAUUCAUUCAUCCUUAGUAACUGCUUUGUCCUGGUCAGCGUCACAGAAACAGAACCGACUAAGCUUAUUAGAAAAUAUUGCUAGCAGGUCCAAACAAAAUAAUAAUAACUCUAGGAGCAGGUAGGAUUGAGCAGAAUUCCUUCAAGAGCAGUCAGGACUGAAGAGAAUUUCUUUAGGAGUGGGUGGGAUUGGGCAGAAUUCCUUUCAAGUUUGGGUGGGAUUGGGCAGAAUUCCUUCAGGAGCUGGAGGGAUUAGUCAGAAUUGGAUUAGUCAAAUCCAGGGAUUGGGCAGAAUUCCUUUUGAGAUUGGGUGGGGUAGAUCAGAAUUCCUUCAAGAGCAGUCAGGACUGAAGAGAAUUUCUUUAGGAGUGGGUGGGAUUGGGCAGAAUUCCUUCAAGAGCUGGAGGGAUUAGUCAGAAUUCCUUUCGAGAUUGGUUGGGCUUGAUCAGAAUUCCUUCAGGAGCAUUCAGGGUAAUAAAAAAGGUUCAAGGCAUAACUCUAGUAUAAUCCGAAUGAGUAUAAACGAAACAGUAGAGUGGAUGCAAUUAAGCUGCAUGCGUUUCAACACAGGCCACGCCCACAAGAGCAGAACUGGAGAGCCAUUUGUGACUUUAUUUAAAGUUGUCCUUUUUGAGAAUGGGGAGCGGUGAGUACAUGGCAUGAUGCACUGAAAACUGCAAUAACGUGUCAUAUGAUUCUCAUACUGUGAAUUUAUCAGACUUUUCCAGACCUGAUGUUCAUUUUUACCUGAUAAAGAAAAUGGUUUGAAUUCACAGAGACGACAGUUUGUUAGAUGUUUGUAUAUAUCGUUAGCACCGAGUUGAUCUUAUUGUAUGACACUGGAUCAAUAAAGGAGCAUUUGCAUGA